AAUUCGUACGAUCAGAUCUUUGCGUCUGUGGCCAGCUUAAGACUAGUUCCUGGAUCAAUUUAGUAAUAAGAGUUGAUUUGAGUAAUUUAUGUAUCUAAUGUAUCUUCUAAUUGCUUCAGACAGAGUUCCUUGGCGUCACAACUCUCACUUGUGCUUGGUUAGUGCUGUAUUUUAUCUUCUGAAGCCCUGUGGCUAUCACAUGGAUCCACAAGAUUCACUGGGGUUGUUGUACUAAUUUUGGCAGCCCAUUGAGCAUAAAUGUAGCCCAUACAGCUGAAAUGACAGGCAGAUGGCAGUUUUCCAUCAUUCUAUCCUACUUCUUGCGUUAAAUAGUAACUUUCGUUUUGUUCAUCAUUUUCUCAGCAAGAUUGAUUGAUGUAUUGUAAAGCACUGUAUAAUAGUCUAGCAGUAUGUAAAUAAAUCCUGAUUUUAAUGCAAAUUCAACCAAGUUUAUUUGUCCAGCUGUCAUAUUACAGAUUCCUGUAACUUUUAAGAAUAUAUGUGUUAAUCACAAUCUAUUUGUUUGCUCUGUGGUAUACUGCCUUUGUCUGGUUUGCCGGGAUGAAUCACACUUCAUAUGCUGGUUAUUCAUGUUGCCAGCAAUAUCCUGUUAAGCAGCUGACUGUAGAUGAGAAUAUGCUGUGUUUUUCUUGAGACAGAGGGUGGGGAACAGUUUGUAAAAUAUGUAAUUUUCUACUUUUUGGCCACAUCUGUUUUUACUUACAGUUUACACCAUGAAUGCCCAACUUGAUGAGUGCCUGAUGUCAGGGAGAGCCAGCAAGUUUAGGGGGAUGCAGGUUGCCGCUGCAUCAGUGGGAAGAGUAGGUAGCUGGUGAUUGUCAGAUUUGUAAAUGUAAACAGUGGGGAAGCAUAUUCAACUGACCUCUUCAUAACUAGCGAUAAUGUCUUAAAAUGAUCGUACAUGGGCCAAUAGGCUGCCAGCUCUGUCUGGAGGGGCAACCUUUGCCUUAUGGAAAUUGGGCAGAUAUCUAUGAGACAUUAGUUGAACAGCUUUGAUAACAUUAACAUUGGUUAGUGGUAUAGAAAUACAAUGUACAUUUGAUCUUGUGCAGCAAGGUGAAGCUGUUCAUGGCAGGUCUUUGCUGAAAGCUUUCUGUCCUACUGCUAUCAAGUACUAAUGCAUCAGCUGCGCUGUUCACCAUACAUAGGUAUAUGAAUAGCAUAUUUACCAUGUUAAUUUCCUCUGAAACUGAAAGUUGCUUUUUAAAAUCGACAUUGAUUCAGUUGUGACUGUUUUGAAGGUUAAUGUGUGUUUUACUUAGCAUCAUUGUCCAUUUAAUAAAGACGAAUUGCCUUUAAGCAGGUUGCGUUAUGUUUAAUUUCUAAAAUAAAUGGUCUGCUUCUGCUGACAUCUUAGGCCUAUAGCACAUUGGUUGGGAAUGCACAUUUUGGCAUUCACAAGCGUGUGUUUGACCUGGAUGGAACAGCUGUUGGUACAGAAAAGUGUUUUGACUACUGCAAGGGGCUGCUGUGGUCAAAGCACGAUAUGCUUUAAUGGCUGUUGUAAUGGCAACCGGCUUUUAAAACAUGAUGAACAAGGGUCCCCCGACAUUCACUCACCAUGGAUGACGAUUUGUCAUUUUGGUUAAAGUGUUUUAAUAUAUGUGGCCAAAAUUGAUUUCAAUUAAGGAACAAUCAGUUAUUGAUCAGUGUGGGAGGAAAGUCUAUACUGUAUUCACCAAUAUCACUGCAUGGGGCCCUAUAUGAUCCUGGGCUCAAGGGCUAAAUAAUGUAUAAUUUAGUCUAUUAUGUGUGGUUUAAUCACACACAAAAUCACUUGUAUGAUCCUGUCAGAUGAAUAGGUGUAUGGCUGCCUCACAACACAGGUAUUCCUGUAUCUGAUUUGAUUAUUUACUUAAAAGUAAUUUCUUGGUAUGCCUGAACAUGCCCAGAAUUCAGGAUAUGUAUGUAAAAAAUAAUAUUUGAACUGUCAAAUAUCCAUGAGCAACUGUCUCGGUUGCAUAUCUCCGUGGGGCCUUAUUCCAUUGAAGAUUGCUCACUUUACCUUGACAUGACUAACUAUGACUUCCAUUAUUUUAUUAAUUACUGCCUUAAUACAGUUAAUUUGUUUGCUAUAAAGACCCAGUACUCUGUAUGGCCAACAAAAUGCAAGGGCCAUAUAAUAUAUAUAUAUAAUUAAAAUCACUAAAACCUAGCUUUGUUAUAGACUGUGUAUUUGCUUCAGUCAUCUUUAUAUCUAAUCUGUAAAGUUAUGUAUAUUCUAUGUUCACUAUUUUGUUAUUAUUGGCCCUAUAAUGACAAUGUUUGUACAUUUAUAUGCUUCUGCCAAGACUUUAUUUAUUGGGGUUGCACUGCUCCUCUUGAGUCACUAUCGAGUGCCUUGUUUUGGACUCGGUUUUACUUUUCUCUUUAAUAAGUUUAUCGAAAUUGGGGCUUUGAAACGAAGAAUAUCCUGUCUGGGGAAUGGCAUGGAACAUAUAUUUAAACCGUGUCAGUAGUUGUUUAACAUAAGCUUUUACUACAUGUUAGCAAUGUCUAUGACUAAAAUUGUCACCUACUCAAAAUUAACAGUGCUAAAUCAUUUCAAACCAUAAUACUAGACGUUCUGAAGUUCUUCAGCUACACGGUGAUGGAUGAGUUCAAGCAAUUGGACACCCAUUGGGGCACCCAGCGUGUCACCCAGCGUGAUAUUAGCCUAAGGUUCUAACACUUGGCAAGUAAGAUUAACCCUUGUAGUGCCAGACAUGAUGACUCUAUGGCACCUGUUUAACAAGUGCUAGUCUUAAGGUCCCCAUAGACCUGCAGAUCUAUAUAAGAUUUUUUGUAAUCGUACGACCGACGAUAUUGGUUAAACGAUCGUUUAUAGAUAAGAUCUGUCCAUCAGCGAAAACGAUCAUUUUCAGCGAUAUCGUCCCGCGACAGCCCAAAACCGGAAGAGGAUAUGACGUGCGAUAUCGUCCCGCAACAGCCCAAACCGGAAGAGGAUAUGACGUGUAUGCUUUCGUUAAACUGCUUUUCCACGAACGUUCCUUUGUGUUACAUUCAUUCGACGCGCUGAGUCCAUUCGGAUCUCUUUCACCGAUCGUUCGUGACGAUGAGCAUAUUUAUGGAUGAUAGCAGGAGGGCUGCACUAGCUAUACUGCUACUAACCUCCAUAAAGCAGAAGAAGAAGAGGAAAAGAUCAAUUUGGAGCAAACAGUGGUUAUUACACCGCCAUAAAUUUUCUCAUAUGGGACUUCUGAAAGAACUGAAAGAAAAUAAUCCAGAUGAUUUCAGAAAUUACCUACGGAUGUCUGACUCAAAUUUUGAACACCUAUUUGAAGCAAUUCGACCAGCCAUUACCAAACAAAAUACGUGUAUGAGGCAGGCCAUCUCGCCAGAACAGAGACUCAUAGCAACACUACGUUAUCUGGCAACUGGGAGAACAUUGGAGGAUCUUAAGUUUUCAACCGGCAUUUCUGCACAAAGUCUAGGCCGAAUCAUUCCGGAAACAUGUAUUGCAAUUAUUGAGGCAAUGAAAGCGGAAUAUCUAAAGUUUCCAGAAAGUGCUGAAGAAUGGAAAGCCAUAGCAAAGCAGUUUGAAGACUAUUGGAAUUUCCCAAACUGUGGAGGGGCCAUUGAUGGAAAACAUGUUCGAAUACAACCUCCUGCCAACUCAGGAUCCUACUAUUAUAAUUAUAAAGGAUACUUUAGUAUUGUGUUAAUGGCAAUAGUAAAUGCCAAAUAUGAAUUUAUAAUGGUGGAUGUUGGGAAAAAUGGAAGAGUAUCAGAUGGAGGAGCCAUAGAACAGACUGUCUUCUAUCAGAAGCUAAAGAACAAAGAAGUACAACUACCUACAAAUAAUGAAACUACAGAAGGUCUAAACUUUGUAUUUGUUGCAGAUGAGGCCUUUGCACUGCAGGAACAUAUUCUAAAGCCAUUCCCGGUCAAAACACUGACAAAGCAAAGGAGAAUAUUUAAUUACAGACUAUCACGGGCAAGACGUGUUGUAGAAAAUGCAUUUGGAAUUCUUGCUAAUCGAUUUAGAGUCUUCCAUACAGCCAUUACUCUCUCACCCGCCAAGGUAGAUCUUGUGGUUUUAACAUGCUGUGUUCUACAUAAUUUCCUACGGCGUACCAAUGGAAAUGUUUAUAUGCCAAAUAACAUGGUGGACAGAGAAGACAUUGAGUAUUGCUCUCUUGUUUAUGGGGACUGGCGAUCAGACCCAAAUGCAAUGCUGCAACUACAAGCUGGUGGUACACGUAAUGCUAAUGUGGAUGCUAAAACAAACAGGGAAAACUAUGUAGAUUAUUUUAAUGGACAAGGUGCAGUGGAUUGGCAAGAUGCAAUGAUCUGAAUUGAUACUACAAAAGAACUAUGGCACAACAACCAUAAUAUAUAAAAAAUAUAUAAAACAUAAUAAAUGAGCAUUUAUUAAUGAA